AUGGAUAAAGCUGCAGAAAAUGGACACUUUGAAGUAGUAAAAUAUUUACAUGAAUUAGGGUAUAAUUGUUACAAACGCACAAUUAAUUCUACUGUAGAAAAUGGACACUUUGAAAUGUUAAAAUAUUUACAUGAAUUAGGGUAUAAAGCAUUUAAUUUAGCUGUUGAAAGUGGAAAUCUUGAAGUAAUUAAAUAUUUACAUGAAUUUGGAUAUAAAGGUGAUGAAUGGGUAACUGAUUAUGCUGUUAAACAUAGAAAUAUUGAAAUUUUUAAAUAUUUACAUGAAUUAGGGUAUAAAUGUACAACAUGGACAAUUUAUUGUGUUGCAAAAAAUGGUUACCUUGAAGUAAUUAAAUAUUUACAUGAAUUAGGAUAUAAAGGUAAAGAAAAUGCAAUUUCUGCUGCUGUUGAAAGUGGAAAUCUUGAACUUAUUAAAUAUUUACAUGAAUUUGGAUAUAAAGGUAAUGAAUGUGCAUUUAAUUGUGCAGUAAUUAAACAGCUUUUACAUGAAAAUACGCAUAAAGGUGCAGCAAUUAUUCGCGCUAUAGAAAAUGGUAACCUCGAACAAGUAAAAUAUUUGCAUAAAUUAAAGUAUUAUUAUGAAGAAUUAGCAAUUAAUUAUGCUACUGAAAAUUAUGACUUUGAAUUAGAGCAACAAUUAUAUAAAUUUAAGUAUAAAUAUGAAAAAUGUGCAAUUAGUUCUGCUGCUAUAAACGGGUAUGAAUGUUAUGAUUGGACAAUUGAUUGUGUUGCUAAAAAUGGUCACCUUGAAAUAUUAAAAUAUUUACAUGAAUUAGGAUAUAAAGGGUAUAAAGGAACAAAAGAUGCAAUAGAUAAAGCUGCUGAAAAUGGUCAUCUUGAAAUAUUAAAAUAUUUGUAUGAAUUUGGGUAUAAAUGUGACAAAUGGGUAUUUUAUUCUGCUGCUAUAAACGGUCACUUUGAAAUGUUAAAAUAUUUAUAUGAAUUAGGGUAUAAAUGUGACAAAUGGACAAUUUAUAUUGCAAAAGAAAAUGGUCACCUUGAAGUUUAUGGCCGGCAGUCAUCGAAACUUACUGUACAAUUAGCAAUUAAAUCUUUGCUACAAGAAUUUCAAGAAAUUCUGAAAAACAUUGUAAAUGCCGUGAUUAUCGUAUAA